GAAAUGGCGAGCACCACUGCUGCCGCAUCCACCUCCGCUUCGGCAUCUGGAUCCUCGAAUAAACUGCCGCAACCGACAUUGAUUGCGCAAGGAGAUUGGACGAAGAACCUGGUGCAUCUGGCGAAGACAGCGGAGCUGAAGAAACAUGCACUCACGCUGCAAUUACACACCGCACACAUACUGUCCGCACACGCGACCUUGGACCAGAGACAACAGGCUAUCCAGGACUUGAAGGAACAGAAGAACAAGCUUGAAAGCGAGCGGGAAAGGUUAUUGAAAUGUCUUAGGGAGGUAAACGAGGAUCGAGAUAAGGCAGACAUGGAAGAAGCGCGGAUACAGAGCGAAUGCACAGACCUUCGUAAUCGCAUUCGGACUAUCGAAGACGGGGAUUACGCACUCGCCAAGCGUGAUGUCGAUGCACUUCGCUCAGAACUUGACGAGCCGCCACUGCCGAGUCUACAGCAGGUCCUCGAGGAGAAGUCGCAGCAGUACCUGAACGAAAGGAGACUGUCCGCCGAGCAAAACAAUAAACGAGCCGCAGAUGUGAUGUCUGGCGGAGGGGACGGCUCCGGGUCUGGGUCGGCACAGCCGCCGGGCAAGAGGCCGAGGGGGAGGCCGAAAGGGAGUAAGACGAGGGGUGGGAAGGCUCAGACCGGCGGGGCUGGGGCAUCGGGGAGUGGAUGAGCGAAAUAGUUGAGAAAUCGAAGUCUUCGGUUAUGACUGGACGACAUCUUACGAUUCAACCCGGAUGACCUACAGUUUACCACACUCUUGGAAAAUGUGUGGUAUGCUUUCCACUGGCGAUGACGGAGACGACCAUAGGACGAUUCGAUGCCGAUGACGAUGCUCAUGUCAUAUAUUCACUAAUCUUGUUUUGUGGAUCCACAGUCCUGUAUGUAUCUUUGUAUGAUUUCUUGCAUCUUU